ACAGAAGAGAAAGAAACAGAGUUCAAUUUAAUUCAAAUGGAGACGACGACGACGAUAGAGAAAUCAAUAAUGGUGGUGGGUAUCGACGAUAGCGAGGUCAGCUUCUACGCUCUCAACUGGGCUCUCGAUCAUUUCUUUGUCCCCUUCGCUUCAAAUUCUCCUUUUAAGCUCGUUGUCGUUCACGCCAAGCCUUUUCCUGUUAAGGUUAUUGGAAUCGCUGGAGCUGGAGUUGCCGAAGUUUUGCCUAUCGUGGAGGCGGAUAUUAAGAGGAUAGCAGCUAAAGUUGUAGAGAAGGCCAAGGAGAUCUGCCACAAUAAAUCGGUGGAUGAUGUAAUAGUGGAGGUGGUGGAAGGAGAUGCUAGGAAUGUUCUCUGUGAGACAGUGGAGAAACACCAUGCAUCCAUAUUGGUGGUGGGCAGUCAUGGUUAUGGUGCUAUAAAAAGGGCUGUUUUGGGCAGUGUAAGUGACUACUGUGCUCACCAUGCUCACUGUACUGUGAUGAUCGUGAAGAAGCCCAAGCCCAAGCACUAAGCUCUCCAGCUAAAUGCAGCAGGGGUGAUAUGGAUAUCCAUUCUAUUCAUUAAAGUAUUAACUAAAUAUCAUUGGCAUUGUUUCUUUAUUUGCUAGUUCAGUGACUAUAUUGUGUGUAAGUUCAGCAACUCUAAAGAGUUGUGACUUGUUAAUAUGUAUAAGAACAGUGUGU